CUCUGAGCUCGCGUGCGUACCCAACCGGGGAAAUUUCGGGCGCCAUCCAGGGGCGGAAGGGUCAUUUCCCCUGGUCCCAUUAAUUAAGUCCACACGAGCCGCAGCCCCACUCCCCACGCCGCCUUCGCUAGCGGACGAGCCCGCCCUCCCCAAACUGCCCCUCUCACCGUCGCCUCCAAAACCACCUCCGCCUUCCUCCUCACUCAGGCCCCUCCGCUCAGCCCCGCACCGCGCCGAUGGCCGAUUCGCCGAACCCUAGCCCCGGGGACCUCCCCUCGGCCGCCGGGAGCUCGCCCGAGAAGCCGUAUCCCGCGGAUCGACGCGUCGCGGCGCUCGCCGGCGCGGGCGCGAGGUACAAGGCCAUGUCCCCCGCGCGGCUGCCGAUCUCGCGCGAGCCCUGCCUCACCAUCCCCGCCGGCUUCAGCCCCUCCGCCCUCCUAGACUCCCCGGUGCUCCUCACUAACUUCAAGGUUGAACCUUCACCAACAACUGGUAGUCUGAGCAUGGCUGCAAUCAUGCACAAGAGUGCUCAUCCAGACAUACUGCCUUCGCCACGGGAUAAGUCUAUUCGAGCCCAUGAAGAUGGGGGUUCUAGGGAUUUUGAAUUCAAGCCUCAUCUGAAUUCGUCUUCUCAAUCACUGGCUCCUGCUAUGAGUGAUCUAAAAAAACACAAGCAUUCUAUGCAAAAUCAGAGUAUGAAUCCCAGCUCAUCAUCUAGCAAUAUGGUGAAUGAAAACAGACCUCCCUGUUCACGCGAGUCAAGUCUUACAGUGAAUGUAAGUGCUCCGAACCAACCUGUUGGAAUGGUUGGUUUGACUGACAACAUGCCUGCUGAAGUUGGUACAUCUGAGCCGCAGCAGAUGAAUAGUUCUGACAAUGCCAUGCAAGAGCCGCAGUCUGAAAAUGUUGCUGACAAGUCAGCAGAUGAUGGCUACAACUGGCGCAAAUAUGGGCAGAAGCAUGUCAAGGGAAGUGAAAACCCUAGAAGUUAUUACAAGUGCACACAUCCUAAUUGUGAAGUAAAAAAGCUAUUGGAGCGUGCGGUUGAUGGUCUGAUCACGGAAGUUGUCUAUAAGGGGCGCCAUAAUCAUCCUAAGCCCCAGCCUAAUAGGAGGUUAGCUGGUGGUGCAGUUCCUUCGAACCAGGGUGAAGAACGAUAUGAUGGUGCGGCAGCUGCUGAUGAUAAAUCUUCCAAUGCUCUUAGCAACCUUGCUAAUCCGGUAAAUUCGCCUGGCAUGGUUGAGCCUGUUCCAGUUUCAGUUAGUGAUGAUGACAUAGAUGCUGGAGGUGGAAGACCCUACCCUGGGGAUGAUGCUACAGAGGAGGAGGAUUUAGAGUUGAAACGCAGGAAAAUGGAGUCUGCAGGUAUUGAUGCUGCUCUGAUGGGUAAACCUAACCGUGAGCCCCGUGUUGUCGUUCAAACUGUAAGUGAGGUUGACAUCUUGGAUGAUGGGUAUCGUUGGCGGAAAUAUGGACAGAAAGUUGUCAAAGGAAACCCCAAUCCACGGAGUUACUACAAAUGCACAAGCACAGGAUGCCCUGUGAGGAAGCAUGUUGAGAGAGCAUCGCAUGAUCCUAAAUCAGUGAUAACAACGUAUGAAGGAAAACAUAACCAUGAAGUCCCUGCUGCGAGGAAUGCAACCCAUGAGAUGUCUGCACCUCCCAUGAAGAAUGUCGUGCAUCAGAUCAACAGCAAUAUGCCCAGCAGCAUUGGGGGCAUGAUGAGAGCAUGUGAAGCCAGGAACUUCACCAACCAAUAUUCUCAAGCGGCUGAAACCGACACCGUCAGUCUUGACCUUGGUGUUGGGAUCAGCCCGAACCACAGCGACGCCACAAACCAAAUGCAGUCUUCAGGUCCUGAUCAGAUGCAGUAUCAGAUGCAAUCCAUGGCUUCGAUGUACGGCAACAUGAGACAUCCAUCAUCAAUGGCAGUGCCAACGGUACAAGGAAACUCUGCUGGCCGCAUGUAUGGUUCCAGAGAAGAGAAAGGUAACGAAGGGUUUACUUUCAGAGCCACACCGAUGGACCAUUCAGCUAACCUAUGCUAUAGCGGUGCUGGGAACUUGGUCAUGGGUCCAUGAGAGGAAUGAUGAGAGUGUCUACAAAUGCUUAUAGCUCCAUGAAUCAUAUAUUACAAACAAUGCUUUUGUAACGACAAUCUCUUCAGCAAGAUUCUUAAUUGUGUAUCGGUUACAAGUCAGUUCAGCCGGAGGCAAGUAAGCUAUAAGCUAUACCUGGGGGACUGCAGCAAAUGCGCAUGUGUCUUUUUAAGUGCGGAAAAAAGCCCCUGCUGUAUGUAGCGCUGCAGCCCUACAUUCGUUGUACAGCGAACCUAAUAUGAUUAAUUAAUUAGAUUAUGAGAAUUUGGUUUUGUGAACUGUCUUAUCUUCUGUACUGGAAUAUUGACAUAAAUAUAGAUCAUGGUAAUUUUCUUUUCCCGUUAA